AUUUGAAUCCCCUGCCUCUCUUUGAUAUUAUGAAGCCUAUAGCUGCUAAUACAAUGUUUAUCAUAUAACCUUUACUUGUGAACCAUCUUGUAUUAAAUCCUACCGCUGCUUUAGUUUCGACACAUUAAUUGGUUAUGUUGUUUUAGGUAAGAAACCUGUCUGGUGAAUGGAUAUCAGCUCCUCCAAUUUCUGGAACAUUUGUAUGCAACAUUGGUGACAUGCUAAAGAUUUACUCCAAUGGCUUGUAUGACUCAACCUUGCACUGCGUUAUCAACAAGUCUCCAAGAUAUCGGGUUUGUGUAGCAUAUUUCUAUGAGAUAAACUUCGAUACAGCAGUGGAGCCUUUGGAAACUUGUAUACAGAGGUCAGGUAGAGCUAAGAAGUUCGAAAGAGCUGUAUAUGGGGAGCAUUUGGUCAGCAAGGUCCUAACCAAUUUCAGUUAGGAGCUGAGAUGAUGAGAUGAAUGUUCUGGUGUUAUUGCUGUGAUUGCGUUCAUCUGGAGAGAGUGGGAGAAAAAUAAACUGCGAGUUGUAUUUUGUGAAGAGUAUUUGUCAUCUGGAACUUUUGUCUCAACGUCCUGUUGGUAUUUAAGAAAAUUGUUUCAGUUUUCUUGUAGUCGUGCAGUAUAACUAUAAACUGCUGGUCAUUACAAUCCUCCUUUUAGGCUUUCUUAGAAAUUAAAAUGGAGUAUCAAUUGCCAAUUCAUUAUAUAGCCUAGUGGCAGAAUUUGGGUUUGAAUGCCUUCUGCUCCACUUAUUGUAAGCAAACUAAUAAUAAUAAUAUGAGAAUAAUAAUAUAUUUUUUUUAAAAAGUAUCAAUUGCUUGCGCUA